AUGUGUCGUGCCUCGAGAGAGGAAAAAAAAAUACCAUCUCACCCUUCCUCCUUCCUUGCCACUGCUCAACUGCUGGAAGUCCGAAACCCCCCCAUUGUCGGAAGCCUGAAAAUCUGCCGCUGCUGGAGAUGCCGCUCAAGCCUGGAAUAUCCAUCGUCGAAGAUCGGGAGAUGCCUCUCAAGCCAGACCGCUGCCGUCGGAUGGGUCCGCAUCCUCUCCAUCAAUGACGGUACCGUUGGUGCCUUCGAUGGCCUCCUUACCGGUGUCAUCCUUGCCUGCCUCGAGGCCUCCCUCUGCAAGCUCUUUGGUAACCCCACCGUCCGGAUUGUCGACUUCUUUGCCCGCGGCCCCAACGAGCACCCACUCUUCUCCGCUGAUGAUGCCCUCUGCCUCACCAAAAACCACUCUCAAGUUUUUGAGGCCGUGACUCCCAUCUCACCGUCUUUGAUCAACAGUGCUGCAUCCAAACCAACCAGGCCAGGCACCUUACUUGCGAGUACAACCAUCCCUGCCCAUGCCGGCGACGGUGAAUACAUUACUACUGUAGGCUUUGGUACUCCCAACCUAAACUUCACCGUGAUCUUUGAUACCGGAAGCGACCUCACCUGGAUCCAAUGCAAGCCAUGCGUGGAUGAGUGCUACCCUCAAAAAGAGCCACUCUUCGACCCGUCUCAUUCCUCGACAUACUCCAACAUUUCAUGCAACUCGGAUGACCGCUCGUCAACCAGUGAUGACUAUGGCUGUGACCCAUCCAAUUGUGUGUACGAAGUCCAGUACGGUGACGGCUCAUUCUCCGUAGGAUUUUUCGCUCGAGAGACCGUAAUGUUGACACCUUCCAACCGGGGGCGCCUCUCCAAGGUCUGCUGCCAGCUACCACAGUCGAACUCCCUCUACUGCAUCUCAGGGUUCUAUCGAACACACCACACCACUGCCCCCGACCUCGAUUGCCAACAGGCCUUCUUAAAGGCUUCAAAUCAAACCGAAUCUCGAGCCAUUUUCCUCGACACCAGUUCAAAUGGGUAUUUGACUAUAGCGGCCGGCGUGCAGAACUCCCUUGACGUCAAAUUCACUCGGAUGAUAACUGAAUCGUAUUUGCCAUCAUUCUAUUCCCUGGAAUUAAUUGGAAUGAGUGUAGGAGGGAAAGAUCUAGCGAUUCCAUCGACGGCGUUCACUGAUGUCGGGACUAUCUUCGAUUCUGGCACAACUAUCACAUGGCUUCCACCAGCGGCUUACUCUGCACUAAGCUCAGAAUUCCGGCAACACAUGUCGAAGCAUUCGUUAGUAACUCCGCUUGGGAAACUAGACACCUGCUACAACUUCACUGGGUAUAAUAGAAUUAGAGUACCUGCAAUAGCUCUGCAAUUCAGCGGUGGUGUUAUGCUUAACGUCGAUGCCUCUGGGAUACUCCUUUUUGCGAGCCCCUUGCAGGGAUGCCUCGCAUUCGCCAGCAAUGAUAAGGAUGAGUUUUCUAUUGUUGGGAACAUGCAGCAGAGGACGUUCGACGUGGUUUAUGCAAUUAUGAGCAGGGUGGAAAGCAUGGAUGAUGAAGUGGGAGAAUAUAUAGAAGGCAGCAGUGGUGUGAGGAUGUAA